AUGGAACACUUCCCAGCUGUCUGCUGUUUCGGCGGUGAGCCUUUCUUGGACUUCCACACGAACUCUUCAAUUGACCCAACAGAUUGGUCAGCUGAUUUGGUAAAAGACCCCAUCAACACCACCGACCUGCUCCCAAGUCUCUUUAGCUCACUCACUCAACUCGGAAUCGACAUCACUUCUCAAUGCAAAAUCUUUAACAUCACUUUCAACGAUCUGGCAGAUCAGACGCUUUUUGACACAUACAAAGCCAGUUUCAUGUGCAGGUGCCCAAUCGGUCAUUUCGGACAAAGUUGUGAGCUUCAAGAGACUACUUUACCGCCAAUUUCCCUUCCACUUGUCUCACAGGACCCACUAUCCUCCCCACCGGAUCCAAUGGUUAUGUUAUUGGUGAUUGCUGCAGUGGUGUUGGCGUUGAUGGCUGUGCUGGCUAUGUUUUAA